GGAAAGAAGGACGAGAGAGAGAGAGAGAGAGAGAGAGAGCGGGAGGGGGGUAGAGACUUGGGGAGAGUAGAGGAGACCAAAGUGGGUCAUAAGAACACGUUGUGCGAAGGCAACACCAUGUGCUCACAUGUCACAUGGAACAUGAAUAGAUAGCUAGAGCAGCAGUAAGAGGAAGAAGAAGAAGAAGAAGAAGAAGCCAGCUCCCCCAUAAGCCCCAAACACCAAAACACAAACACAAAGCGACGUCAGAUUGAACAAGGCCGAACACCAACAACCACCAGUCUCAGGCUCUCUGCUGUCUCCGAUCAGACCCUUCUGAAUCGGAAUUCGAGUUCGGAAAAAUGAAGGAGGGCAGUGAUGGGUUUGUUAGGGCCGAUCAGAUUGAUCUCAAGAGCUUGGAUGAGCAGCUGGAGAGACAUCUCAACAGGGUGUUGACUUUGGAGAAGACCAAGAUGAGAGGAGACCAAGACACCAAUUCCACCACCACCACCACCACCAACAACAACAACAACCUCAACAGUCUCAACCUCAGCACCACCUCCGCCGCCGCCACCUCCACUUCCGGCAUGACUCUCUCCAUCCCCAAGCGCCACAGGCAGGAGUGGGAGAUCGACCCUUCCAAGCUUAUCAUCAAGACCGUCAUUGCACGUGGCACGUUCGGCACCGUCCACCGUGGCAUCUACGACGGCCAAGAUGUCGCCGUGAAAUUACUCGACUGGGGUGAAGAGGGUCACAGGACGGACGCUGAAAUUGCUUCUCUAAGGGCAGCUUUUACCCAAGAAGUUGCUGUCUGGCAUAAACUAGACCAUCCUAAUGUUACUAAGUUUAUAGGGGCGACAAUGGGUUCUUCAGAACUACAAAUUCAGACUGAAAAUGGUCAAAUUGGCAUGCCAAGUAAUAUCUGUUGUGUCGUCGUGGAAUAUCUUCCUGGGGGUGCUCUAAAAUCAUACCUUAUAAAGAAUAGGAGAAGGAAGUUGGCUUUUAAGGUCGUGGUCCAGUUGGCACUAGAUCUUGCUAGAGGGUUAAGUUACCUGCACUCACAAAAGAUUGUUCACCGAGAUGUAAAGACAGAGAACAUGCUGCUUGACAAGACACGUACUGUCAAGAUUGCUGAUUUUGGUGUUGCUCGUGUUGAAGCUUCAAAUCCUAAUGACAUGACUGGGGAGACUGGCACACUUGGUUACAUGGCUCCUGAGGUUCUCAAUGGAAACCCAUAUAAUCGGAAAUGUGAUGUGUACAGUUUUGGCAUCUGUCUAUGGGAGAUAUACUGCUGUGACAUGCCAUAUCCUGACCUCAGCUUCUCGGAAGUGACUUCAGCUGUGGUUCGCCAGAAUUUGAGACCAGACAUACCAAGAUGUUGUCCAAGUGCUCUAGCAAAUGUAAUGAAGCGAUGUUGGGAUGCUAACCCAGACAAACGGCCAGAGAUGGAUGAGGUAGUCUCAAUGAUCGAGGCCAUUGACACAACUAAAGGUGGAGGUAUGAUCCCUCAUGAUCAGUCUCAGGGUUGUCUCUGCUUCCGCAAGUAUAGAGGACCGUAAAAUAUUUAUAUUAGAAGAACAAAUGGGACAUGAUUAUUUUUAAGAUCAAAGACUCCCCAUUUGUAUUUAUGAUAGGAAAGGAGAAAAAAAAAAGAAAAACGAAUUUGGGUUAUCAGAAGAAGUUGAACAGAUUGGUGGUGGGUAUACAUUGAUGAUGAGCAAUGCUUAGCUAUUUCUCAUUUUGUUGGAGGAUGUAAAGCUUUUAUUAAUUAUUGUUUAUUUUUCUUAAAACCCAAUUUGUAUUUAUUUGACUUGCUGGUCCGUGUUUGACUGGCACUAGCAGCCCCUUGUAAGAUCCAUUAUAUACUAGUUAUAUUGUUAUGAUUGAGUUGAAUAUAUGAUUUCUCUAUUCA